UCCGCCUUGACGCACACGGCAGGAGCGAUACCCGAUGGACACAAGCGGCCGUUCCCUGCGCUCUCUCGUGUCGGUUUUUCACCCGAAUCCGCCGCUGCGCUCCGACCCACUGACCCCGGACCCCCCCCCCCCGACGCCGAGCGGAGUGUGAAGUCCUCCCCGCUGUCCAGUGCUUUUAUUGUGAAGGUCCAACAUGCCGCUGUUCGGAAAAUCCCACAAAAGUCCGAGCGAGAUCGUCAAGAUCCUGAAGGAAAACCUCAACAUCCUGGUCAAGCAGGAGAAGAAGGCCGACAAGGCGUCGGAGGAGGUGUCCAAAUGCCUGGUGUCUAUGAAGGAGAUCUUGUACGGGAGCAACGACAAAGAGCCUCACACUGAGACUGUGGCUCAACUGGCCCAGGAGCUGUACACCAGCGGCCUCCUGCUGAGCCUCGUCGAGCACCUGCAGCUCAUCGACUUCGAGGGGAAGAAGGACGUGUGUCAGAUCUUUAACAACAUCCUGAGGCGACAGAUCGGAACCCGGAGCCCGACAGUCGAGUACUUCUGCUCCCACAGCCAAGUCCUGUUCAUCCUCCUGAGAGGGUACGAGACUCCUCAAGUGGCUCUGAACUGUGGGAUCAUGUUGAGGGAGUGCAUCCGUCACGAGGCGUUGGCUAAAAUCGUGCUCCACUCGGACGAGUUCCACCGAUUCUUCCACUACGUGGAAAUGUCCACGUUCGACAUCGCCUCAGACGCCUUCGCCACCUUCAAGGAUCUACUGACGAGACAUAAAGUUCUGGUCUAAACUCAACCAAGGCUAAACCGUGAGACUAAACCAGGACUAAACCAGGUCUAAACCAGGUCUAAACCAGGUCUAAACUCGGGUGUUUCGUUGCAGCUUCUGGGGGAGCUUCUGUUGGACCGACAUAACUUCACGGUCAUGACUCGUUACAUCAGCAAAACAGAAAACCUCAAACUCAUGAUGAACCUCCUGAGGGACAAAAGCGCCAACAUCCAGUUCGAGGCUUUCCACGUCUUCAAGGUUUUCGUAGCGAACCCGAACAAGACCCAGCCCAUCGUGGACAUCCUCCUGAAGAACCAAACCAAACUCAUCGACUUCCUGUCCAACUUCCAGAAGGACCGGACGGACGACGAACAGUUCAACGACGAGAAGACCUAUUUAAUCAAACAGAUCCGCGACCUGAAGAAGCCCGCCUCCUAAAGCCGUCGCCGUAGAAACGCGCACACAAACUAAAUCAGUCUAUUUAAAUAAGCAACUUCGGAGACUCUUAUUGUGAAGGUUCUCAAUCACUGAUCACUUCCUGUAUUUUAUUUUUUCUUCAUCCGUCGCAUGUUUUUGAUUUGCUCAGCUUCAGAGGGCCGGCGCUUAAAAACCAAACGCAUCAUUUAAACCAUUUCAACGAAACGAUUUUCAGAACUCUUAUUUUGAAAAGGCCCGACCGUCUAAUCGUCUUUUAUUUUGAAAUCUGCACAUUUCUAGAAUCAUGUUUAAAAUUAUUUGUUUCACUUUUGUCAAGAAAAAACUGAAGAGUCAGAUUUUUAAUUCUAAUAAGAAAUAAGUUAAUCAAAUCUAAACCAGGACUAAACCAGGACUAAACCAGGACUAAACCAGGUCUAAACCAGGACUAAAUUGGGGACUGAACCAGGACUAAAACAGGACUGAACCAGAACUAAAACAGGACUGAAACAGGACUAAACCAGGACUAAACCAGGACUAAACCAGGAAUAAACCAGGACUAAAACAAGACUGAACCAGGACUAAACCAGGACUGAACCAGGACUAAACCAGGACUAAACCAGGGACUAAAUAAAAAAAAAAUAAUAAUAAUAAUACUAAAACUGUUUAAAUUUUCUACUUUGGAAUUUCUGGAAAUUUCUGCACAAAUUUCAGAAAUAUUCCUGUAGAUCUCAAACGUGGAUUCAAACUUCUCGUCUGGUUUGAAAAAAAUUACAUGAAAGAUUUAAGUCGUCUUCCUUAAAAAUAUCCAGCUAACAGUUACAAAAAUUUAACAUUAAUUAACAAAAAUUAAAAUUUCACAGCAUUUUAGGAAUUUUAAACUGGUCUGUUUACAUUCGGGCCUCCUUACGGUUAUGAGUACGAGUCUGUACGAGGCUCCGCCCACACGACAAUUCUCCAUAAAUACACAAAAACACGACACAAAACUGGACAAACUCUGAUUGUGUUGUGACAGUGCUCUGAAGGGGCAGCGACUUAGAGCAGAGAGCAACAAGCUGAUCUAAAUAUGAAGCCAAAUUCAAAUGAAGGAUUAUUUUACGUGUUUAAAUUUCGUUUUUAAUCCCUGGUCCUCGUCGCUGGCGGCUGAUAGCACUUUCUGUAAAAAUUAAGAAAAUUUUGCAAAUAAUUGUGUCUUUUUAUUUUUUAUUUUCUCAUGCUUUUAUUUUGAAAUGAGUGCUAUCCUUUGAGGCUUUUAUUGUUGUGAACAUCAUUUACAUAUUAUUUGCAUAUUGAUUACGGAGAUCAAAGAGGUGCCUUUUAUUUUUCGAAUAAUUCAUGUUUUUUCUGUAUUUUGGGGGAGCUUAAUUUGAAUCGAAAAUGUUUUGAUUAAGCAGUGAACCUUAAAUAAUUUUGGAGAUUUUUGUCCAUUUUUUAAUAUUUCUGUACAGUUUUUUUCAAAUUUACACUUUUUUUUUUUUUGGAGUUGCCAAUUCACUCACGAAGAGAGUUAUGCUGAAAAACUAAUAAUUAUAAUGUAUACUAACACUUUAAAUGCCGUUGGACGCGUUUCACCAUGUUCCAGUCUGUUUCACGCCACAAACAGCAAAGACGUAGACAAGAAAAGUAAAAGGUUUUUCCAAUUAUUUCAGAAACUUUCAGAAAACAGUGGUAACGUCAUUAAAAAUAUGAAUGAAAAAUGGAAAUUGCACUGAAAAUACUGGUACAAACUGCAAAAAUGAUACGAAAAAAACUAAAAAAUAUGGUCACAAAAGAGAUAAAAUUGAAAAUAGUAAGAGUCAUGUUUCAAAUUGUGUGUUCACAUUUUCUGGGAAGAUUUAAGAAUCCAAUUUAUAAAUUAUAAUUGAGAAGAAAAAAAAAAGAUCUACAACUUCAAAUCAAAAUUAAUAAAACAAUUCACAUUUUUGACGAAAUAAUAAGAUCUAAAAACUACCAAAAGUUCACAAAUUCAUACAAAUGAUUCAAAAUUAAAUCAAAAUAAAUAAAACUAUUCAGAUUUUUGAUUCUGAUAAUUAUUGUGUAACUAUCAUAUCUCAAAAAAAUAAAGAACGUUUUGAAAUUUUAGCUCAAAAUUCCAAAGAAAACCGUUUCAAUUCCAAACGUGGACUAAAACCCCACACUUUGUUGUAAACAUAAAACGUGUAAUUAUUGUAAAUCUUGCUAAACUUAAUUAAUAAUUUCAUAAUUUUCUCAAUUUUCUACUUUUGCCAUUAAUCUGUUCAAAUCGGGAUUAGCCGUUAGCAGUUAGCCGUUAGCAGUUAGCGGUUAGCAGUUAGCCGUUAGCUGUUAGCCGUUAGCAGUUAGUCGUUAGCAGUAUUUCAUGUUAGUGACUCAUUCUCACACACAAACAUGAUUUAUUUUUUUUUGGUUUGUUUUUGAUUUGCAGCUGAUCGAGUCGGUUUAACAUCUGUACGAACAAAAACAAUAAAAUAAAAAUAUGGGAUGCA